AUGCCGAGCGUUGCUGCGCAGUACUUGGCAGGGGCCGUCGCUAUGCAGUCUGGGGUCCCGUCCGAGAACGUGCUUGAGAAGAUGAUGGCAGACACGACGGCGAUUGCUUUUCUUUCAGGUGGGAGUAUGUCUUUCCACCUUUCCAUAGAUCUGGCCGGAACUAUUGUCAUCCAGCCUAUCCAUUCGUCAAUCCUUUUAGAGCCUGAAACCCGCGCACUUACAAAGGUCGACCAUAAUAAGCCUAGCGAUGUCUCCCGAACCUCUUUGCUUAUUCUCAAUGUAACCAAUGCUGCCCCUGCAAGCAUGAGCGCAAUACCUGAGCUAUCACGCUCCAUCCAAGUGAUAAAUGCAUCUAGAACUAGUGUUCUUGAGACGUUCGCCGGUCUUAUUGACAGAAUUUACCUGGACUCUGAGGCCUCCAGCACCGAUGCAUCAGUUGCCGCCCAAAGCUCUCUUGGUGCAUCAGUGCUCGCUCUCAUGCGUGAGUUCUCCCAAAAGCUAGCAGAUAAGACCGGAUUUUUACGGUAUAGCAAGAUUCCCAUUAUCCACUUCUAUAGCUCUGAGUCAAUGCGACUAAACCUAGAACACCUGAUUACAUCCUACCAAGAGCACGGUCCAUCCUCUCUCAAUCAUGAGCAAGUAUCUGCCUUCGCCAAGCUUUUCAUGAGCAACGUCUCUCGGGUUCUGGGAGAAGUAUCCUCUUUAGAAGACUUGUCUUUCAACGACUUUAACCGACUAGAUGACUAUAUCAUGGCGUUAACUAGUCCUUCUGGCAGUAAUUCAGUCUAUAAUCUGGCUUGUGCGGUUCACAAGGUGCUGAGCCUUUUCGAAAUUCACGUGUACUCCCUUGCCUAUGGGUACGAAGCCUUACUAGCAGAUAUCCGCGAAACUCUUCCACACAUUGAGGUUGCGAGGGUUAUUCUAUCCGAACUAGUCGAACAAUUCGCCGUCUCCUCUUUACCCCGUGUUAAUGAGCUGCUAUCACGCUACAACGGUGUAGAGGCUAAGAUCUCAUACUAUCGAGAACUCGCCUCGUUAAUAGAGCACUUUAGAUCGCUAACGGACAUCCUCCCGAGUGCCCUGGCAUCGUGGCAAGUGUUCAGACAACUAGAUGCCAACAGCAGUAAUCUGAAAGAGAUGCAAGCUUUUAGUGCAUCUGAAAAGUCGGUGUAUAUUCACUUCGUUCACUUUUACAUGACCUAUCACUUUAUCCGUCUUGUCUGGAGCACCAUUCGCGCAUUCGAUCCACUAGAGACCAGCUUUCUGUUUGGCGCUGGAGCUAUCUCCCAGAAUCUAAUCUCUGAGUUGGCUGGCGUAAAGGCUAUUGAGAAGUAUACCUCUCUUACAUUCAAGCUAGCUGCAUAUGCCCCGCCGUACGAGAUUAUGGAUUCGGAUAUGCUUGUUGACUUUUCCGCCAGGUUAAUUGCUCUUUCUGGAGCGCUUGUAGAUAUACAGCGACUCCGAGAGCAUGUCCAACUUCUCUGUACAUCUGUACCCCAUGUACCUGCGUCGUUGAUAGACCGGCUCACAGACGUGCUUAGGCUAGCCCGGUCACACGAGCUAGCUUUCAUGGCACAGCUGUCUCCUGAGCAGGAUGAUGUCCCUGACUGUUCUUAUCAAUAUUUGCAACAACUUUCCUAUCUUUUUACUCGCUCAUUUAUUCACCCAAAAGCGCCAUCCUGUAGCCUUUUCCCAAACAACCCAGCUGCAGCCACCGUGCUUCGAGGGCUUACAUCUAUCCCCGGUCUCCUGGCCUCUAUGAAUAGCUACGAGGAUAUAUACAAGGGCAUCCUAGACAGCCUCUUUUCCACAAACAACAUCCACACGUUUAUCACACGAUAUGGAGAACACUUCUCUCGAUUUGCUAUAAUUGCGUCCUUGCAGCCAGGAACCAAAAAUUAUUACAACGCCUUGAUAGUCAAAUUUACCGCAGAACUUAGCAAGACACUUAGCUCAACAGAACAGAACGUGUAUUUGCAGCUCAGAACUCAGAGAGAACACGUAGAAAUAAGAGAGCUACUGCUUUGUGAGCUGAUUGAGUACUACAGGAAGGCGGUGGUCAGCAAUGAAAACACUCAUCUUCAACAACUAGAGAUAGACGAUAUCAGAGAGGCUGCCGGAACCCUCCUGAUUAGGAGCACUAUCCUUCCCAAUCUCCUGACUGCUUCCUUGCUUUUGUUUUCCAGAAGCAGGCAUGUAUUCAGCAUUGAGCUGCUCGGUGUUCUACUAGUUCGUUCGUCUGUAAUCAAAGCAGAUUCACUCAGCUCCAUUUCCAAAAUUAGCACUGCUCUUGCUGCGAACUUAAAUACGUUCUCUUCUAAGUAUAGCAAGUGGGGCGAGCUUUGGACUGAGCUCCUGAUCUCAUCCUUUUACUGUCCUGAUACUGGCCUCGAGGCCACUCAUCUAUCUCAAUUUUUGUGCGAGCACGUUCUUGCAUUUGAAAGAGAUUCCACUAGAUAUCAAGAACUCUCUACGCGUCAGGCUGGAAUUCUUACAGUUUCCCGUCUCCCCAAGACCCUUCACCUGUUGACAACAGACUCGGCACUAGAGGCAUCGUCGCCCCCUGACUUAUUGGUGACUACGCCUGUUCCCUCACUCUUCAGUGCCCAGAGUCUCUGCAGCUCCUUUGCUGUCGCUGGAAGGCUGCCAAACGCUUCAAAGAUACUCCACAGCUCUAUCAUGCAAAGGUACCAGUCCCUGUUCAACGCUAUUGUUGGGAUACUGCUCCCAGCACUAAAGAAGUUUUCGCAACUGAUUGGGCAUCUGGCCGCCUGGAUGGGCACAACGGGAAACUCCAAGAAGGUCAUGGAUAACAGCUCGCUAUCGUACAAUCUUUCCGUUAACAUAUCACAGAUUUAUGCAAUCCUUGUACGAUUAUCUAUUUUUGGAGAGCUGUGUCCAAAUUAUGUCAAGUUUUACUCUAUAAGCGAUAUCUAUGGCUCCGAGAAUCGCCCCAAUGUUUCUCCCUUUUAUGAAGCUCUAUUUUCCCCGUACUUCCUGUCUCUUCCUCUGCAGCUAGUUCACGUCGAUAACGACUUUUCAAUGACUUACGCCACACAUUCCGGCUCCCAAUGCGGCGACAUGGUCCGCCAGGAUAGCUUGCCCGAGAAUGGUACAAUUGACGCAUACACUGCUAUCCUCUCUAAUCAGUUCCGCAAACUUUAUCGCUCCGUAGCACAGCUUGAUGUGGCAUUUAUAUCUAUUGUUUCGGAGACAGAGAUUAUCCGCGAAAUUAUUUCUGAACUUAUAAUUUCAAAACAGUCCUCAGUCGCUAAACUUCUUGACAAGCUAAGAUACUCUCUCAACCGUCUAGACGCUAACGGUGUACUCUCCACAGAGACGUCUAGCCAGAAGCGUUCUGAUCCGGGACGUCUGGCGACUCAUUACUCGCUUUCUGUUUUAAUCUCGCGCAUCAUGACGACGCGGCUAAUCUAUGCCCUUCUUAUUCUUAGGGAGCAGUUUCUGGGCGACUCCAAUGCCCUCCAAAACUAUCAAACCUCACUUACCAACACUGACUAUCAUCAAUUUAGAGCUGCCAAACAGUCACUUUUCCCAUUCGUGGCCAACGCAUGCAGGCACUUGACUGUUUCUCUUGAUGAUGCGUUAAUGCAUGUUGAGCCCAGAGAAGCACACGCUCUUGCCGCAUUGAAGUCUCCUGCCUUUCUAUCAAUCGUGGACACUAUAGUUUCUGGAAUCAUAGGGUGUGAGCUUCCAGUCGAUCCGUCUGCACUCUGCCUGCUUUCAGACGUUGCCCCUUCUCCAGCUGACGCUGACGUUGCAUCUCGUGGGGGUUUAAUGAAUACACAGCAUCUUUAUAAGGCACACGUUCCAACAAUAGAGUCCUUUUCUCGCAUGAUCUUCGCCAUCCAAGUGGAUACGCUACAUGGCGGUGAGCUAAAACUCCACAAUAAUGUUAACCUAGUAACUCAACUGCUGAACGAAAUUCGUGCGGAUGCUAUCAGGAGCUCUAGCAGAUUUACCAGGCGCCUUGUGCGUAUCCACGUGUGUGUUGACACGUGGGCACUGGAUAGGGCGGAAAAGUUUGUUCAAUCUCAUAGUGUGACUAACUCACAGCUCCACUCGUGGGUACAUGUUCUGGAUCAUGCAGACAAAGAUUUUCAGGAAGCCUAUUACUUCUUGUUAAACGAUGGCGAAAAGGAGAGCUUUUUACGUCUGGUUGAGCUAUCUGUCUCGGAUGACUUCAAGAAGGCCUUUUAUAAUAGAUACAAAGCGUUCCAGAACAGCGUACUCGCCAAGGUGACAGAGUGUACACUAGCAUUGAUCGAUCAUUUGACACGCCUCUUCUCUCGAUUGAACACCGAGCUGCAGGAUCUCAGUGGUCCUCGCGGUAAUCCGCGCGACGAAGUGGACUGGAAUGAUUCUGUGGCUGUUCUGAAGUGUCUUGCUCACUCAGCAGACGCGGAUGGGCUCUAUAUCAAACAUAAGGAUCUGCUUCCCCGUCUCCGUGCAACACUUGUCCUGACAGCUAACGAGCAGUCUAUGGUGGACGCUCUCAUCGACAAUGUUUAUCCCACGUUUGCCGAAAGAUAUUCGUAUCUGAAGGCACGGGUGCUGGAAGACAAGGUAUCCUCAGCAAGGAUACUAGCAAACCUGCAGGCCACCGAGAACUUGUUCCAUGAAUCCAGUCUUGUCAACAUUGCAAAAGUUACUGAUCCCUCCCUCAUGUGUCCGGACGUACUCACGCCAGAUGGCAGCCUUGACCCAGGAAUUCUCUUAAAGCAUGUUCAGGAAGUUCGGCAGCGGCUUGCUGAUCUGCAGAAAGACCUCACUGACAUUCUUGGAGUUGCUGCGUCAGCGUCAGCGUUAUUUGGCAUCAACAUGUCAACGUGUACCAAUGCCGACAUGGAGGCCCUCAUAGUGGCGACGGAGGUUAUUGACUCAACCUACUUGCCUCUCUGUCACAAGCUGACUCACCUGUUUGACGGACUAAAAGGGCGAGAUCUCAAUUCAUCAGUACUAGACUGUAACUCAGCAGCAAUCGACUCUGCAUUGUCAGCUUUUUGCCACGAGCUAGAGCAUCUUAUUGAAGACUAUUUAGAGCUGGGUGGGGUCUUCCAGGGCAAUCAGAAGGUGGUUAAAUGGCUAGAACAAAACAGCACUACCUGGAAAAACCCUUCCAAACUUACUGCCGCCUUGUCGGGGUACACCCAUACGCUCGCUACGCUCCAGCCAUAUCUAGUCCAGCUGUGCAAUCCCACCUCUUUCCAUCCCUCUCACUGGCCAGAAUUUCUUGCUGAGCUUAGAUUUGUGUGCGGCACUCAAGCCAAUUUUCCUCCCGCUCUAAAUAUUCAGACACGGCUUCAGACAUACACCGUGUAUGAGCUUCUCGAUCAUCUCCUGCUCUUCCUGAGCUUGUCGCAUCAGUCACUAACGUCUCAGAAAGGCGCCUCUUCUGAUUCCGGCUCAGUUGUCCACACUCAAGACAAGGAGCCUCUCAGGGUUCUUACUGGCAUAUGUGAAAGCAUUCUAUCUCAGGCACGAGCACGUUCCUCUGUGUACGGCAUGAUUAACGCACAUACUCUACUGUCCAAGAGCAUACCCCUAACAUUCGUACACCGAAAUGAUACUCACAUUAUUAGUAACCUUGCUGACAUAACAAAAAGUUUGGAAUCGGCACUCCUUAGCAUUUCGGACCUGUCAACUACCCCAUUCUAUACGGAGUUUAGCUCUCAGUUAAUAGUACUCCAGGAGACCUUUAUUCUAUAUCUCGCGGCCGUGAAGGCUCUGACAGAGACACAGUCAGAAUAUAUUCAACUAUCCUCUGUGCUUGCACAGAAUAUGGCCAUUGUUAAGCGCUACAUAAAGGAUGCUGUGCUUAGGUAUGAAACUGCUGUCGCCGACCUGGCCUUUAUGUAUAGCCACCUGUCUGACAUGCCUUCCAAAGGUACGACAGACAAUCUUGUUCAUUUCUUCUCUUUCCUUGGGGGUGUUGAGGCAUGUACAUCCAAGAUUCUAACUAUUAAAGAUUCACUCCAAUAUAUAGCUAAGUCCCUUGCUACGUUUAUCGAGCAGCAGCGCUAUGUUUCGCCAAGGCUCUUCUUCCUCACCGACGACAACAUCCUUAGUGUCAUCACUGCGCUUUCAUCACUGCUUAUGCCUCAUUGUUCUGACCAUUCAAACAGCUCUCAGGUUAUUGGUGUCUCAACAAAUAACAGCGACAUUUGCAUGCUUGAAAAACACUUGAGCAAGAUCUUUCCCGGUUUUGCCCACUUCAUUUUCGCAUCAAGCAGCGACUUGUGUCACUGCGCUGAGCCGUGUGAGAAUGAUGACUUUAUACCAUCGUCUCUGACUGGAGCCCGCCUCCUGAUAGUUGGGAUUGUAUCACCUGAGGGUGAAAGGUUUCACCUGGAUUCUUCUCAGUUCUUCAGCAUCAGUGACCUGGUGGCGAGUUCCGCAAAUGAAAUUGCUAUUCAUCCGUUUCUUCUCAAGCUGGAGACGUCUAUUAGGCUAAGUAUGUACGAACAGAUUCUUCACUGCAGACGUGUUCUUCUCACCUUUCUAAGUGACUCUGUGGCUGUUGCAUCCUCGCAGAUACCCUGCUUGUUAGAGUCACAUACGUGCCAAGCGUUUAUUGUUGGGCUGCAUCUCGUAGUUACGGAGAUAUUGGACCUAUAUACAGAUGAUCCGGAUAGAGUGGAUUUGAAUCGCACAGGUGUUGCCCUCAAGGAGCUUCUCGCAUAUAUACAGGUGACGUAUAAGGGACUCUACAAUAUACACUGUCUUUUACCCGAGAUAAUCUUUCUCCAAUCAGUUGUCUCACUUGAGGCGACACAGGGGCGAAGCGAUGAAAAACGCUUGGAUCGGUUCUUUGCAAUGAAGUACUAUGUCAGCGCUAAGCCGUUUAGAUCCCUUGUCCUCAACCCCAGCCCCUGGCAGAAAAUCUAUGAGUGUCCAAUACUUGUGAAGGUUUUGUCCUAUUCGCACGUCUAUAGCUGUAACUACGUUGGCUCAUCUCCGCAUUUGGUGCAAACAGAGCUUACAAGUAGUCACUACACCCAAUCACUGAUAGCCAUAGGAUCGCAGUUCUUCAUUAGCCCCGUUGGUCCAGCUGGCACUGGGAAGACGGAGUCAACACGUCAACUGUCAGCACACCUAGGUAGGCCAUGCUUUGUUUUUAACUGUGACGAGGCCUUUGACUAUGCUUCUGUGGUGCGCAUAAUGAUUGGUGCCUUGCUGCUGGGGUGUGUGGUCUGCUUUGACGAAUUUAAUCGUUUGGCAGUCGACAAUUUAUCAUCGAUUAGCCUUAUCGUCGACGCAAUUCAAGAACUCCUAUCCAAGGAGGAAAGCUACAGACGCGUCCUAGAACUAGGGAAUGACACCCUGAUCGAGGCAUCUACCCACGAGCUACGGCGGACAGCCAAUAGUUUCAUGGCUCAGUUCUCGCUUAACUCGCAGAAAUAUGAUCCGUCCCGCCUUUCUCAGCUGCGUGAGUUUGCAUGCUUCAUAACAAUGAACCCUUCAUACAAGGGACGCCGUACUCUUCCAAAGAACAUCAGUGCUCUCUUCAGAAUAGUAAUGAUGUCCCAGGCAGAGGUGGAGAGCAUUGUUGACGUACUACUGGUCUCCUUGGGUUUCACGUUUGGGAGAGUUCUCAGUCGACUUGUCUGCAUGUUUUAUCAACGGCUGGAGGCAGUUGUCGCCCACAUCCAGUCAGAUGCUGAACAGGCGUCCAAAUCAUCCUUCCAUUUUGCGCACGACUUGGGUUUGCGUAGUAUUCGCAUGGCAUUGCGCGCAGGCCAGUUGCUUAUUGAGGACGAGCCAUCGUUAACGCAACUCCUCAGCUCCGAUUCUCCGGACAUUCGUGAAGCAGCAGAACGAUAUAUCCUUGUCACAGGCAUACGUCGAACCCUCCUUCCAACGCUUUCUCACCAUGACAUUCCUCAAUUUAAUGAUCUCAUCUGCUCCACCUUUGGGCGUUGUGAGGCCACGAUACGGGCACGCUUGAGUAGCGACUGCUCUAGGCGGCAGAUUACUAUCCCUGAAUCGUCUAACUACAGGCAUGCUCUCAAGCUGCUGGAAAGUGUUAGUCUUGAUGACCUGUUGACGAAGUUUGUAUCACAAGUUACACUGCAAAUGGGGCUCGUUCCUAAUCAAGCCUUCCUAGACAAGGUGCUGCAUCUUCACAUGUGCCUCUGUCUCAGCCCUGGAACCAUUAUUGCAGGCACCUCAUCCACAGGAAAGACAGCUGCGCAACAGGUCUAUUAUGGUGCUCGACGGGCCUUGGCGUCCUUUCUUACAGAAUUGACGGGUGUUUCGCAGGGAGCUUUGACUACAUACACCGUAUCUCCUCUGGCAUUGCAAGCUAAAACUAAGCUUCUCGGCACUUUAAUUGAGCCUUCACGUGAAUGGAUAGAUAGCAGCUUUCUUCGGGCUCUACGAGAGGCCAUUGCCCUUAGCGAAAACAUGGACUCAGGCACUCCCUGUCUUCUCAGCCGAUGGCCAAGAUUCUUCUUUCUAUUUGAUUGCGAUAUUAAUCCAGACUGGAUUGAAGCCUUCAACUCCGUCUUGGAUGGAAAUCGUUGCUUAACUCUUUGCACAGGCGAGAGAAUUCACAUACCAGACAGCGUCCGCUUUGUUUUUGAAAGCUCUACACUCCGGCAUGCAACCUUGGCCACCAUCUCACGGUGCUCUGUCAGCAUUCAUCACGCAGAUACUGUGCCAGCAUCAGAUCUUGCAUACGGCUGUCUUAAGCGUCAACUCGUCAUGGACAACCCGCACGCAUCGAGCCUUCUGUCUUUGAUUUCAGAAACCGGGCACUCUAGGCGAACCGAGCAACCCCCGGCACAGACACGGACUCAAACAGGGCUCCCUUCUAGAGCCAAUCUUUCCAACUCAAUCCCUAACUUGCAUACACAGAAAUACGUAUUAGCGUGCCUUAAUGCGGUAGCCUUCGACGUUUUUAGCUCUUUCCUUUUCGCGAGUACGCCUCUAUACGUUACAUUUCACCAAAGUUUUAUCGCGUGCCACGGGCUCAUUGAUCAGUUGACUAACACACAGCAAGCACCAUCCGGCACAGUAAUCACUCACAAGACGGGCACUUUGGGACGCUUGUUCCGCACGGGUAAAGGCCUCGCAACGGGAAGUGGAGAGUUCAUUGAUGGCAUUCUGAAGGGGAUUUCUGCUGACAUCAACACUUCAUCAACUAGCUUUUCUGGCACGCUAUCCGAGCUUCUGGACCAUGCUAAAGGUCGCUACAAGCAAUACUCUCCUAUUGACUUUUCUGUAACAAGAGUUCUAGCAACCCUUGUGAUGAUGCUUAAGGCAGCUGUGGCAGAAGCAGAGAAGUAUUUUCGUACAAAGAUAACGCAAAUUGAAUUAGGCUUAGCUGAAGCUCGGCUGUCUCUUCGCACAAUGGAUCUGCAGAAACUGGUGAGCCCUCAGACUGUUUCUCGCGUUCUGUCCUUCUCAGGAAUCUCAUAUAACAGGCUCAUUUUGUUUUACGUUAGACAAUUCAUCUUCGGAUUGGCUUGGUCUCUCAGCUGUCAGCUACCUCUUGCAGAGCGCCACUCUUUGUCCAAUCUUGUUUGUAGGUACUAUUCAGACUAUCUUGAUCAGCCUUCUAGUGAGGUCUCCACGAAGACCCCUACUCACUCUGGCUCUGGGGAUGCAAGCAAUGCUGACGACGCGGACGACUUACAGUUUGAUCUCUUGGCGAUUACGUACUUCAAUACAAAACCGUCAGCACCGGAAGUGUUCGCUGGAUACUGUGUCGAGCGCACUUCCGACACAACGUCUUCUCGCUUAAAUACUCAGGAACGUUCCUUGGUCACAAAGGCGCACACAAUUCCAGAUUCGUCCGAUCUCAAUGCAUCAUCGUCCCUAUGGUUAUCAGCAACUGUCCAACACCCUCCGCCUCAAUCCAGCUAUGAAGAGGAUGGCCGCAGACCACCAACUCAGCCUGCUCACACCUCUUUGCUAACAUACGUCUGCUCCAUAAACAGUGAGUAUUGGCAGCUAAACGAUCCUGAGAAUUGUGAGCUACGUAGCUUCUUUGUUUCUACAAUCCAUGAGAGCAUGUCGACGCUUAUGGAGAGCUCACUAACAGCCCACACUAGAAGGGCGCGCUUUGAAGACGCGAGUAUGCCCAGGAACAAACUUACACACCCAUUACAUAACCCUACACUGGAAUCGACGUCUGCGGGGUCUCAGCUUGUUCCUAAUGUGGAUACGCAAGCGUACGCAAUGUAUCUAGGCUCUCUAGUGGACCAGGGUAGACACGUACUCUUAAUAGGACCGGCAGGUAGCGGGAAAACAGUACUUCUGACGCAUAUAUUGAAUCAGAACCCCAACUUGCGCGUUGUUUUCACCUCCUUUUCAUCACAGACCUCUCCAGACGAUUUAAUUUCUAUUUUCUUCAAUCAUUUCGAUGUGGUUCCAGAGGACGAUCACUACAUAUUGGUCUCUCCGGCAAGACAGACCUUCUGCCUGAUCAUAGACGAGAUUAACCUGGUUGAUAAAGAUUGUUUUGACAAUCAACCCGUAAUAGAGUUUCUUCGUUUCCUUUUAGAGCAUAGAUACUUCAUAUAUGACGGGGUUCUUCCAGGCUCCAAGGAUAAAAAGAAGCCCGGUGCCCACGAAGCAAAAGAGUCUCCACUGGAAACAUCCGCAGUCAUUGUCUUACCAUUUAACAUAAUUAUUGCCUGCAGUUGUAAUCCCCCAACAGAUGCAGGACGGUCUCUUCUAAGUGAGAGAUUUAUGAGGCAGAUAUCUACGCUGUAUCUGGACCAUCCUAGUCAUGCAGCGCUCCUGAGCAUAUACACCGCCUAUACUGACGACAUGCUUGCGGACAUUCUGACCGAAUCAAACUUGUUGAGCGUUCUGACUCCUGACACCACCACCUCCCUCUCAAUUUCCCUGGCAUCCGCAAUGGUUUCUGCUUAUGAACAGAUUGCUGCAGCCGCAGACCGAGAGCACAGUUCCUCUGUCUACUCCCCCAGAGAUCUGACGCGGUGGAUUGCUUCCGUUAAAGACCAUUAUGGAUCUUAUCAGCUUACUGAUGCUACUGGGGUCUUCUCAUGCAAGAGGUUUGUCCAACUCAUUCUAUACGAGGGGUCAGCUAUCUUUUCAACCAAACUGAUGACUCAACCAGAAAAGAAAGCAACAAUCGCCAUUCUAGCAAGGUCACUUCACGGAUUUCUGGAGUCUCUCUCCAAGGCUCUGUGCACCUGGACCGCCGACAAUCCUAUGUUAGAGCUAUCAACCUUUAAUACGCUCCUUCUUCAGAAGAACUUUAAGUUCAAUAUAACAUCAGGGGCUUCGCUGACUGAUUCAGCUACCCACUUUGCCUCCAUUUUGACAGAACAAGAGGCAUGGUCUAAUCUUUGCUACUUGUUCUCUAAAUACCAUAAUAAAUCAGCGAAUACGCUGACACUAUCACACAUGGAGUUUGUUAGCGAUCCCAUCUAUCACAUUAUGCGCACCCUAAACACCCCACAUGGACACCUUAUUAUAAGUGCUGAGCCAGGGGUUUUUGACGCCUCUCUGCUCCAGUUCCUGGCGUGGCUCUCUGAAUCAACCAUCUUUGAGCUCAAAACAGUCAAAAGAUACUCCCUUACAGAUUUCCGGGAGUUCCUCAGGGGCGCUAUUGAAGCCGCGGUAACAAAACCUGGCAAUGUCUUGGUUGUUAUUUCUUACGAAACUGGUCUUCCUAUCAACUUCCUAGAGCAUCUAAACAAUCUCUUGUGUAAUGGAGAUGUGACUGGAUUUUUAACCAAAGCACAGCUUCACAAGACUAUCUCGUUAGCAGGUCUCUCAGAUCUGGCCCAAUUACAGCAGAUGGUCAAGCAAAAGCUCCAUAUACUCUUUGUAGUCAGCUCAACCCUUGAGGGCUCCGGCAUAACUUUCAGUCCAGCUUUGUAUAACAGAUGCCAAUUGAUUAGUAUUAGUAGGAUGCCUAUCUACUUCCUAGUUCUUAAGGGGACAGGGCAUGUCCAGGCCUUGGCGUUCCCGAAGUCUGUCUCCGACUGUCUCGGACGGGUCACAGAUACAGAGCCAAUGCUUCAGCAGAGCAUAGAGGCAUGUGAUCGGGUAUCUACAGAAACUCAGCAGCUGCUUGAUAUUCUAAAGCAGCAGCAAGACGAUAGCGUCUUAGAAAUUCAAGACACGCUCACCAUCGCAGCACAGGGCUUGGGGCCUCAGCAGCGCCUCUGUGCUGCACUAGCCUUGCUUCACGAAAGGGCGCCUUCGAUUGUGCAGCAGUACCACGAUGUUGUUGGAUCUCUUUCUCUACCCGAGAUGUUGAAAACUAGUCAUGUGGCGCGAUCUAUUACCUUCCACUCCUUGCUUCAUUACGAGAGAUUGUGCACACGGUUUGCACUACUGUACCUGCAGGUGUACACAGAUUUCUGCUCUCAGCAGAACCAUCUGGUAAAAGGCUUGGAGAUAUUAGACAUCGUGCAGGGACGCGUCAGCGAGCUCCAGGAAGAGCUAUGCACAAAGAAGGAGAAGCUCGCAGAGAUGACCGUACUCACUCAGGAGAAGCUGUCUGAGGUUAUUAAGCUGAGAGAGAUUACCAUGGCAAGUAAGGCCGAGUCAGUGAAGCUUUCGACCGAAAUCACACAGAAGCAUGAGUACAUUCAGGCACGCAUGGAGUCUGUGCAGUCGGAGUUGGCCGAAGCAGAGCCUGCACUUGUAGCAGCCCGAGGCUCCAUUCGCACAAUAAGCAAGGCUGCCCUAGAGGAGAUUCGACGAAUGGCCAGGCCAGCAGAGGCAAUAACUCUAGUUAUGGCUGCGGUAGUCAUCAUUAUAUCUCCUACAAUCGCAGGAAUUAACACAAGCUGGGAGGCCGUCCGUAAAAUAAUGCAGAGAAACAACUUUCAAUCCUCCAUUCUGAUGUAUAAUCCUGCUGAGGAUGAGCACGCUGCUUAUCGGCUGGAGCGUUUGGCAGAAUACCAGUCCAAUCCCACCUUCAAAAAAGAUAUUGUCAGCCACGCCUCUCAGCCGGCUGGCUUCCUGUUCGAUUGGGUCAUGAGCAUUUAUGGAUUUCUGAAGAUAAAGGCUAAGGUCCAACCGCUUGAGCAGGCGCUUCUUCAAAUUAAGGAGGAGGCUAGUGGUCUGGAAAUAAGAAGAGCCGAAAUUAUGGUGGAGCUUGUCGAAAUGGAGAAGAAUAUUGAUAGCUUGACAGCGGAGUGUAGCGAAUGUGAAGCCCACCAAAUUCGGCUGCAAAACCAGGCAGACGAGUGUGAGAACAACACCAAGCAGGCAACUAUCAUCACUGAGUUGCUCUCUGACGAAAUUAAGCGGUGGACUGAGCAGCAGGCUGGGUCUGAGCACAUCUUGGACAAACUUAUGGGAGACGUGCUCCUGGAAGCGUUUUACGAGACUUAUGCCGGGUCCUACACCGACAACUUGAGGAUUGAGCUCGCCACGUUUGCAGAAGAGAUACUCGAUGCCUUGUCUAUUUCGUACAGUAACGGGACGGCUCUUUGCCUCAGAGGUUCAUUGUCAAACCACAUUCUUAUAGAGAGGGUUCUGUCUCCGGUAACGCCCGUUUUGUUGUUUGACUACACCAAGGGAGAUUUAGACCAUCUCAGGGCUACGUAUAAAAAGCAUAUCAUGGUAUCUGCACUUGCAGACGACUUGAUGGCCUCUGUGGAGCGGGCAUUGAAGUUUGGCUUCACUCUGAUCAUAGAAGAUGGCGACUCUUUGGAUCCAGCCCUUUUUGUGUUACAUCGAGUCGUAGAAGAGCCAGCUACGUCUACUAGUUUGCCCACUAAUUCAUCUCCUGACGCUAGAAGAUCCUUUAUUGUAGAGUUGGGAGGCGUUGUCAUUCCUGUCCACCCAGAUUUUGGUGCAAUUGUUUUAUGUCAGGUAGUUGGGCGCGCAAUCCAUUUUGCGGCAAAGUGUACCGUGAUAAACUUUGCUCAUAGUGAUGAGAAAAUAUUUGAGAUAUUGUGCAACCACUUAAUUGAAUACCUGCAUCCCGAUCUGUACUCUGUGCAACAGAAAAUAGAGCAGGACUUGUCGACCCACGCGAAGACUAUCGUCUCGCUGGAAAAAGAGUUACUUUGUACUCUAAGUGCAGUUGACCAUAGCUCCAUCUUGACAAAUACCGGCUUAAUAUCUCAUCUACAAGCUACCAAGGCCCGAUACAGACAAAUUAAUACGCAAAUAGAGACACUCAGACACCAGAAGAAAAGCUAUGAUGCCUUCAAGGACGAACUACACGAUUGCACAACAGUUCUAGCUCGGAUAUUUUCCGUACUACGACAUCUGCGGGACCUAGAGCCGGGCUUUCUCUUUAACCUGGAGCAGAUGUUGUUUAUUUUAGAUGCAGCCCUGGAGAGAUUCACGACGCUGGCUGCGAAGAACUACUCUGACUUGCUCAUUAUUUUCAUAGAGCUAUGCUACGAUAACACCCAGUCGUCGCUGACCCUGACUGCACGAGAUGCCACUUAUAAGUUUCUGAAAGAGAUAGCGACAUCGGAGGCGCCAAAAGCAGUAACGCGCAAAGAACUAAAGCUUCGGUCGCACACAACCUUCACAGAGUACUAUUCGUUCUAUCAAAAGCAUACCCAUUGCAUGCUCCUCAACAUUAUUGAGAAUACUGAUCCAAAGAGCAUUGUUCAGGCAGUGAUUCAAGACGUAAAAGCGGACGCCAACCACGGACCGCUGGUGCACUCAGUUCCCUUCGGGGUCCCUGACGCACACAUUUCAAAGAUUGCUGGUAUCCUCAAGGCAGCUCGAGACCGUGAUAUUAUCCUAUUGACCAACAUGCAUCUGGCCUCUGCCUCAUACUGUGAAGAUCUUUGCAAGGUUAUACAGAGCCACCUUAAGACCUACAGCAAUAACAUCUCGAUUAUCAUCUCAAUCCAGGGUGCAGAUGACAAUAGCCUAACAGAGGAAAUGCGGUCUUUAGCCACGUCACUGGGCUGUGUCUCCUUUUUAUCGCAAAAGGAGCUCAACCCGGUGGCUCUAUAUGAGCAAACUAGGCUAGAUGCAAGGCAAAUAGCGCUCAAGCAGACCAGUAUUAUCCUUAAUACCACCACGCCUUCUGCAGAGGCUACUGAAGUCGAUUCUGAGGCUCAGCAGGCUGGCCAAUUCUUUGAUUCAGAGUUCAAAUGCCUUCUUGAUAAGCUAACAUACAUAUUCGUUAUCUUCAAACUGAGGGCAAGCAUGAGGCCAUACGGCUUUUCUGGAAGCUACUCCUUCACAUCUGUGGAUCUGCGCUACGCCAUAGAGCUUCUUGUGAAAGAGUUUGCAGCACAGCUCGCCAAGGAUAACAAGUCGUUCUGUCCCUUUGCCAAUCAGUUCUUUGAAAAAUUGCUCCAUGAGAUUUGUUUUGGGAAUAGGAUUUCAGCUCUACACGAUAAGGUCAUAGCAAAAAGGCUUAUUGACAAGAUAGUUAAUAUGGAUGCAUUGCCCACAAUGGUGGAGUCGUGUACAGGGGUCUUCCUGAACGAGGCCCUGGACGGAAUAAUGACAGCUGCACAGCAAAAGAAAGUCGAUGAUCUGCACCAGGUCAUUUUAGGAAGAGUGGGAUAUAAAAGCACAAAAGACCCGGAUAGCAGUUCUUGCAUAACUAUGAGCAUUGUGAGCGCGAUUAUCAGUAAGCUCUUAAGCAUUCGAAAAAGCCUUCAGCAGGUAGAGGAGGUAAGCGCCACUCUUACCUCUUCACAUAGGUGGAGCUCAUUUUCUCUUGCAAUCUUUAAGGUCAAAUGUGCAGCAAGGACCACGCUGCUAGCCUACAUGCAUGCAGCAGAGAAGGGCCCCACUGCUCUCGAUGAACUACAACGCUUGCUCAAUGAGGAUGCGCUACAGCAUGUCUCACUUCUCGUAGAUCAAUACCAGUAUUGCACAGAUGUGCUUGAGGCUAUGCAAACUGGUAACGACGACACCAUUACGUUGCUGCCUCUGAAGCUUGGGUCUAACGCACAUCAGUGUUUUGCUGCCUUGUUCCAAGACCUAUUGAGUCAAGGAAGUCCAGGUGCAUCUGGAUCUGGAGAGAUGGCCGCGUGCUUCACGACAGUGGCUGCUAGCAGCACGGUAUCAGUAACGGUCAGGUCAUUCUUAUUCGUAGCCGACCAUGAUGUGAUCCAGAAAUCACCCAGUGGCGGCAUUUCAACCCUCUUCCUGACCCUUGAGCCCGCGGCAAGCGUAGCUCACUUGGCAGGCAUUCCGGUAUUCCUCGAUGAUUCGCGUAGCACGUUCCUCGGAUUUGCCCAAGGUAUGGACGAAGGUGACAUGAUGUGGGACGGGUCUGCGUUUUAUUUCCUGUGA